AUGGCAAAAAAACUGCAUUAUUUUAAUUUUAUCGCUAUAGCUGAGCCUAUAAGGUAUAUUCUUCAUUACACUAAGCAAGAGUUUGAGGAUGUCAGGCACGAUCAUAGAUUUUGGCCAAACGCAGAGUUUAAAGAGAAAUUACCCUUCGGACAAUUUCCUCUUUAUGAGGAAGGAGAUCGUUUGCUGACCCAAUCACUGGCUAUCGCAAAGUAUGUGGCUAGAGGCACAGAUCUCAUUCCGUCAGAUCCAUGGACGCAAGCUGUGUUGGAUGCAGCUGUAUACACAAUCUACGAUUAUUGGUCAAAGGUUGUGACUUUCAUUAGAGAAAAAGACCCUGAAAAAAAGAAAGAAUUGAAGCGUGAACUCUUGGACGAAACUAUAGACUUUUUCUUCUCAAGACUUGACAAAGAUCUGAAGGAAAACGGUGGCUACUUUAGUGGAAAGUUAUCCUGGGUGGAGUUUGUCCUAUGCGGCCUAGUAGAGGCAAGCAACUACUUCUUGGACACGGAAUUGGAUAAGAAAUACCCAAGGGUCGAAGCUUUAAUUAAAAAGAUAAAAGUCUACCGGGAGUCAAAGAGUAUGUUGCUGCAAGAGGGCCUAAUGUUUUUAAACAAUGA